GAGGUCGAUCCUGUGAACGGCGAAGCCACGAUGAACGGAGGUGGAGGUGGUAACGAUGACGAGGAGGAUAUCGACCCGUUAGAUGCGUUCAUGAAAUCGAAGGAAGAAGCUUCUAGUAAUGGCGAUCAAGCGAGGAAAGCCGGGAAGCAAGCAAUGGGGAGGAUAAUCCCAGGCGAGGAUUCUGACUCGGACUACGAGGAUCUUGAGAAUGACGAAGCGCCGCCGGAAGAUGAGGACGAUGAUGAGUUCAUGAAGAGGGUGAGGAAGACGAAGGCCGAGAAGCUGUCGAUCAUCGAUCACUCCAAGAUUCAGUACCCGCCGUUCAGGAAGAACUUCUAUAUCGAAGUGAAAGAGAUCGCGAACAUGAAGCCCGAAGAGGUGGCGGCGUAUCGGAAGCAACUUGAAUUGAAAAUACACGGAAAAGAUGUGCCGAAGCCGAUAAAGACGUGGAACCAAACUGGCUUGGCGAGCAAAAUACUGGAUACUAUCAAGAAGCUUAAUUUCGAGAAGCCGAUGCCCAUCCAAGCUCAGGCAUUCCCGAUAAUCAUGAGCGGCCGAGAUUGCAUAGGAAUAGCGAAAACCGGAUCAGGUAAGACCCUAGCUUUUGUUUUACCGAUGCUGAGACAUAUUAAGGACCAGCCCCCCGUUGUGCCCGGCGACGGGCCUAUCGGGCUUAUAAUGGCGCCUACGAGGGAGCUCGUCCAACAAAUUCAUAGUGAUAUAAAGAAAUUUACCAAGGUUUUGGGCGUAAACUGUGUGCCGGUUUAUGGAGGCUCAGGUGUUGCCCAACAGAUUAGUGAAUUGAAAAGGGGUACAGAGAUUGUUGUCUGCACUCCUGGCAGAAUGAUUGAUAUACUUUGUACGAGCGGCGGUAAAAUAACAAACCUUAGGAGAGUUACUUAUCUUGUCAUGGACGAGGCCGAUCGGAUGUUCGAUAUGGGUUUCGAGCCGCAAAUCACUAGAAUAGUUCAAAAUACCCGGCCGGACCGACAGACCGUUCUAUUCUCCGCUACAUUCCCUCGGCAAGUUGAGAUCUUGGCACGGAAAGUGCUGAACAGGCCGAUCGAAAUUCAAGUUGGCGGAAGGAGUGUUGUGAACAAAGAUAUCGCGCAGUUAGUGGAGGUCCGGCCAGAGAGUGAGCGAUUCUUACGGUUGUUAGAAUUGUUGGGAGAAUGGUACGAGAAGGGAAAGAUUCUCGUUUUUGUUCACUCGCAAGAGAAAUGCGACUCUUUGUUCAAGGAGUUGCUCAAGCAUGGCUACCCGUGCCUCUCGUUGCACGGCGCAAAAGAUCAGACCGAUAGAGAAUCGACCAUUUCCGACUUCAAGAGCAACGUAUGCAACUUGUUAAUAGCCACUAGUGUAGCCGCUAGGGGUUUAGAUGUGAAGGAGCUUGAGCUAGUUGUAAACUUUGAUGUCCCUAACCAUUAUGAAGAUUAUGUUCACCGUGUGGGGCGGACGGGCCGUGCCGGACGGAAGGGUUUAGCGGUGACGUUCAUAUCUGAAGAGGAUGCGAGAUACGCACCGGACCUUGUAAAAGCCCUGGAACUAUCUGAACAGGCCGUGCCUGCGGAUUUAAAGGCUUUGGCCGAUGGCUUUAUGGCGAAGGUAAACCAAGGGACGGAGCAAGCACAUGGAACUGGCUAUGGCGGCAGUGGUUUUAAGUUUAAUGAAGAGGAAGAUGAAGCAAGGAGAGCUGCGAAGAAAGCUCAGGCGAGGGAAUAUGGAUUUGAAGAAGAUAAGUCUGACUCAGAUUCUGAAGACGAUGGUAUUCGGAAAGCUGGAGGCGAUCUUUCGCAAGCUGCUGCUCUUGCUGCGCAAGCCGCCGCACUAGCUGCUGCUUCGAAGGUCUCGAUGAAUCCUACGGCCCCUCUUCCUGUUACUGCAGCUCAGUUGCUUUCUACCGCUGCUGGUCUACCAACUGUGAGCCUGCCCGGUAUAGCUGGUCUACCAUCUGUGACCCUACCUGGUAUGGCUGGUCUGCAGAUAGGCGGGGUGGCAGCUACGCCUAGCGAAGCUGCUGCGAGGGCCGCCGCUUUGGCUGCGGCAAUGAAUCUGCAGCACAAUCUGGCGAAAAUACAGGCCGACGCAAUGCCUGAACACUACGAAGCGGAAUUAGAAAUUAACGACUUUCCGCAAAAUGCGAGAUGGAAAGUUACCCAUAAGGAGACUCUGGGUCCAAUUUCAGAGUGGACGGGAGCGGCUAUUACCACAAGAGGACAGUUCUAUCCUCCUGGUAAGAUUCCGGGUCCAGGAGAACGGAAGCUUUAUUUGUUUAUCGAGGGGCCGACCGAGUCAUCUGUGAAGAAAGCGAAGGCCGAAGUGAAACGGGUGCUUGAAGACUAUACUAAUCAAGCGUUGAAUCUCCCUGGUUCCGCCCAACCAGGCAAGUACUCUGUUCUUUGAGGGUCGUCAUCGCUCUUUACAAUACAAGAAUGCUACAUUAAAACGUGCGCUCAGUUAUAGAUAUAGGUAGAAUGCUGCUUUUGGCACUUUUUAUAUUGUAUAUGGUGCCCGCCAAUUCAUUUUUGUUAAUCUAUCUUGAAAGAGGGGGAAAAAGGAAAAGAAAAGAAAAAAAUCUUUGAAAACUGCUCUCAAUUCAGCAAUGCAUUUGAGAUUCCUUUUAUGGAUUUCGAUGUUUUCCAAGUGAACGAUAUCUUAUUAGUUCGAUUUAAAGCGCUCAAGACUCUAUGGAUGUUCUGCUUGAGUUGGUUGUAUCAAUUUGAGAAUCAAUUUUUGAAUUUGUAUCAA